AUGACAGACUGCUGGCAGGAAAACUACAAAGAGCGACCAGGAUUUGAGCAGAUCCUGGAUAGGCUCGGGGAAGUGCUCAGCGAAUGGAGCCCACAAGAUUGCACACGCCUAGUGGAGACCCCUGUGCGACAUUGUGGCGAAUGUGCAGACUCUGGCCAGGAGAGUUUCAGGCUCCCAGUUCCCCGGGCUGCAGGUCUUUGGAACUAUGACAUCGACCGUCGGACCUCAGACGUCUCCUCAGAAGGGAUGCUUUGGAACCCUUCGUCGCCGAUCGAGGCGAUCGCGGCGCCCGUCUUCCCUCCCUGUGACCAGUGCCCGAGGCCAGUCCAGCCCAUGAGCCCUGGAAGCUUCCUCCAGCAUUUCGACGGCAGCAAUCCCCUCUACCGGUCGUCUUCGGACGUCAGGACGCCGGAUCCAAACACCGAAACGCUCGUCAGCAGCGACUGCAAAAUCAGCUGCCUCCAGCAGCCCCAACCUCUGAAGAAAUCCUCAACAGAGAGCAUGGUUUUGAACAGAGACAAGAGGGGCACGAAGCACGGCAAGUUCAUACUCACCACACCUCGCUCGUGA